AUGGAGCGGGCUGCUACUCAUUUUCUUCGUUUGCAUAAGUCUGGCAUAUCAGCGCUUUGUUCAGGUGUUAUUGAUCCAGAUUAUGGCAUAACGUCACCAGUCCUGUUUUCGGGAGAUAUUGAUGGUGAAGUUACCAUUUGGAAUCUGAUUACGAGACGGCCAAUUUUUACGAGUAAGAUUUGCAAUGAGCAGGUAGUUGACAUACAAUUCCUGGAAGGCAAAUACUUGAGUUUAUUAUGUAAAGACCAUAAAUUGCGCCUCUAUGAGCUGUUAAAACUAGGUGCUAUUGUCAAACAGUCCGAUUUUGGUGGUGGAGAUAAGGUAGAUCUAAAACAGAUUUUUGAGGUACCUGUGAAUACAUUGAACUUUGCAAAUUAUGUCUUGACAUAUUUGGGCAAUAAUAAGUUUGAAUUGGUAACUUGUCAUACUCAGGAUGCGCAUUUCAUUGAUAUAUAUGAAUUUGAAACACCAGAAUUGAAUUCUUUGAAAAGGUUUUCAAAGGCUAUUGACUUUUUACCUAUGCUGAGGGACAGGUUUGGUGAUAAUUUACUCCCAAAAAUGGAUGGUUUAGGCAUAAUAAUGAAGUUUUACAAAGUUAAUGAAGUGGUUUACUGUGGAUUCGAAAGUGGGUAUGUGAUUGCAUUUAGGAGAUAUAGAAAUAAACCAUUGUACCGAAAAAGAGUGAGCGGGUUCAUUGGUAAACCAAUCAAUGAAUGUGCUUCAGGAAUUUCUAAGUUGUUACAACAUGAGAAUGUAGAAACCUCAUCGAGUGUAAAUGACCUCGAGUUAGAUAAUGUCAUUGAAAUUGUAUUGGUAGAUAGGGCACAUUAUCCUGACCCCGUACUAGAUAUGGCACCUAAUCCAAAAAAGAAUGGUAUUAUUUGCUCUUCGACAACCAAUAAACUGGUACUAACUAGCGUUGAUGAACAGUAUUUGGCGGGACCAAAUUCUGCAUACAUAUUUAAAAGCGAUGAGUACUUACUUGAUAAAAAGAAUUGCCUAUUGAUGAGCACCAAUUUGAAAAUUGAUGGAUCGGCAGUUAAAGAUAUGAUGUGUAAAAAUAUCGGUUUCGUAUUGUCACUUGGUGAUUAUAUCAUAACGGGCAAUUGGUCUGGGAAAACGUAUAUAGGCAGGAUCGAGAGCGACAAAGCGGUUCUUGCAGCUGCUAAAAGCAGGAGUCUGAUCGAAGUUAAUGAGUCGCCCGUGGGAAAUAUACAGCAAGAUAAGAGCAUCCAAAAAUCGAGUAAGCAUACAAAAAUAGGUGCAAUGACUGGAUUUGAAGUUAAAGAUAAAGAACCUGAUAAACUUAUGUGUAAAAAUAAGGAACUUACUCCCGGUAAGCUGCGAAGACUGAACGCAUUUGUACAAUCCAAAUGGUACUUUAUUGGCUACACUGAUGGAACAAUUGGUCUUUAUAGAGCAGAAUAA